UAGGCCACGAGAGUCAGCACUGGGCCUGGCCUGGGCUUGCAGAGCCGGACCCUGCAGCCCAACCCCGGUGGCGCGGGUGAGCAGAAGAAAGGGGACCUUUAUGUCUUUUUAAGGAGAAAGCACACAUUCUGCAAGACCAUGGAAACAGAGAGGAACUGUUUGUGGCCCUAGUCCAGAUGUCCCAAACAAACAAUUCCUUCUCGCACAUUGCUGCCCACUGCCUACGUGUCCUCCUCUUCUGCAUAGUCAAAGCUGACUCAAUACCACAUUUACCUUCUGUUUGUGCCUGAGGGAAGAGGAAGAAAGGAGGUGGAGGGCAAACAGCCCUCUUCUAAAUGGUGCAACUCAGAAGCUGUUCACUCAUAUCCCUGGCCGGAACAUGGGUACUCUUAGCUACAGAUUCUGGCCCAUUCACAGAUAGCAUGAUGACCUUCACAAUCUGCCUGAAGUCCUGCCUUCCCUCCGCUGUAAGGACUUUGAUUCUACAGAAGAAAUCAAGCAUCAGAAACAUGUCCAGCAUGGCUGGCGGGCUCCGGCCAGCCAGCGUGGUCGUCCUACCCAGAUCCCUAACUCUGGCCUUUGAAAGGUUCUGCCAGGCCAACAGUGGCCCUCUGCCUCUGCUAGGCCAAAGCAAGCCAGGCAAGUGGACACUGCCUACCCUGGGUGCAGUCCCAGACACCAGGACAGGCUGUCCCCAGUUCCUGAAAUAUGAGUUCGGUGUCUGCACGGGCAGCCUGGCCUCACUGGAAGAGUACUCGGAGCAGCUGAAGGACAUGGUGGCCUUCCUCCUGGGCUGCAGCUCCUCGCUGGAAGGGGCCUUGGAGCAGGUGGGGCUCCCCAGAGGAGACCCAGCAGGCCAUGGCCACGCAGGUGCAUACAAGACGACAGUGCCAUGCGCCACCGUGGCUGGCUUUUGCUGCCCUCUGGUGGUCACAAUGAGGCCCAUUCCCAAGGACAAGCUGGAAGAGCUGGUGCAGGCCUGUUGCUCCAUGGGGGCGGAGGGACAGCCCAUUCAUAUCGGGGACCCAGAACUGUUAGGAAUCAAAGAUCUUGCCAAACCUGACUACGGGGACCCUUUGGUGUGUCAGCCAGGGGAUGUCCCCAUGUUCUGGCCUUCUCAGAUGACCAGUCUCGAAGCUGUCAGCAGUUGCAGGACCCCACUGGCUUUUACCAGUGCGCCAGGUUGCAUGGUUCUGACCAGCCUGAAGAAUACAGAGGGUCCAGCCAGCUGUCUCACUCCUGAAGGAAUUCCAGAGGUCCACUGCAUUUCCCAAGAUCCUUUGCACUACAGCAUUGCAUCAGCACCAGCCAUUCAGAAGAUCAGAGAACUUGAGGCUCUAAUUGCCUUAGACCCAGGCAGUCGGGGAAUUGGGUACCUGCUCUGUGAAGAUGACCUGCUGCGGGCCUCCCUGUCUCUGUCCCAUGCCCGCUCAGUUCUUAUCACCACUGGGUUUCCCACGCACUUCACCCGAGAGCCUCCGGAAGAGACAGAUGGUCCCCCGGGGGCCAUUGCUCUGGCUGCCUUCCUGCAGGCCUUAGGGAAGGGGGUCUCCAUGAUGGUUGACCAGAGAGCCUUGGAUUUGUUCAAGAAGCUUGUCGAAGAGGCUGUUGAGCACGGCGUCCUGAAGACACAAGUUCCAUUAUUAACUUUCCCAGGUGGACCGGCAGGAGCUGCUGAGGCAUUUCUCUGCAAAGACGGGGACCCCCAGUCACCGAGAUUCGACCAUCUGGUGGCGAUAGAGCGUGCAGGAAGGGCCGCUGAUGGCAACUACUACAACGCGAGGAAAGUGGACAUCAAGCACUUGGUUGACCCCAUUGAUGAUCUUUUCCUUGCAGCACGAAAGAUUCCUGGAAUCUCAUCAACCGGGGUCGGUGAUGGAGGCAAUGAACUUGGGAUGGGAAAAGUCAAGGAGGCUGUGAAGAGUCACAUACGAAAUGGGGAUGUCAUCGCCUGUGAAGUGGAGGCGGAUUUUGCUGUCAUUGCUGGUGUUUCUAACUGGGGAGGCUAUGCCUUGGCCUGUACACUAUACAUCCUGAACUCAUGUGAGGUCCAUGGACAUUACCUGAGGAAGACAACUGGGCCCUCCAGAGCACUCGGGGAACAGAACUGGGCUCAAGCCCUCCCAUCUGUCGCUAAGGGGCCAUCAGCAGCAUUGCUGGAAGAGCAAGUACCUGACCUGUGGCGGGCACUCCGUGUUGGUAGCUGUGAGGGUCCUUAUCAUCCCCUCAACCAGUGAAGGUGCUGCAACCUUGGGCAGGACAGUCAGCCAUCCCACAGGGUGCUGCGGCGUGGGGGACCAAGAUGGGCAGAGGAUCCUGUGAGCUGGAGGCUGGCGGAUAAAUGCAGUAGAAGGGGAGGCAUUCUAGGCAAGGGGAAUGGAGGGAACGGAAGCUGGCAGAUGAGGACAAGCUUGGUGCUGGUUUGGGGAGUCUGCUGUUGGGGUGGGGGGGGUGAUAGGCCUAGAGGAGGGCUCUGACCCCAGGAUUCACAAAGUCAGGUCUGAGAGUCCUUUGAAACUGCUUGCAAAAUUGUUGCAUACAUUGAGUUUUCUGGGCAAGGAUCUGUGUUUCCGUCAGAUUCUCUGUGUGGUCUGGGGCCAUUAAGAACCCCCGAGCAAACCAGGGGUCCCUCCCCGAGGGUUUCACCUGAGAAGGCACAGGGAGCCGCACCAGGGCUUUGAGCAUGGGACUCAGAGCCCUGGGGUGCCUCUGUGCAAGCUCCUCUGAGAGCCAGCGACCUGGCGAGCUGGGUGCUUCCGGGCAUCCCCCAGCAGAGCAGGGCAGAGGAAGGGCAUCAUGCCUGCACAUGUGCGUGUCUAACCCAUGUGAACUCACAUAUAUGUGCAGGCACAGGCAAAAGAGAGGGGCUGGGAAAUGCUAGCAAGGCAGUGGCAGAUCCACACCCUCCACAGGCAUGGUUGCCAGCGCUCUCAGGGAGCAGGCCGCCCUGCUGACCCCAUCCCAGACCCGAGCCCCCUCUCAGCCAGAUCCUGGCAAAGCUGGGCCACCCCCGUAGGAGACAAGCUGAUGGUGCCGCAGUCUCCAAAGGGGCACCCUCUGGGGGAUUUUUCAAAGUGAUUUGGAUCAUGGGAAAUUGAGGCCAAAUCUCUUAUGUUACAUCUAAACCCCAGGUCAGAAGUGACUUCACCUGUGAGCCACAGCUUCACCUGAGCUCCACAGGCCUUCACCUGAGGGCAGGCAGGAGAGCAGGAAAGCUGGAAAGACCUGGGGAAACAGUGGAGGCAGCUGGGGUGUUUGGCCUGGAGGAGAGAAGACUGGGGUGGAGGUCCUGAGGCCUCACACAGGCCGGGGGGCUUCCUUGGGGAGAGGGACAACCUGAGAGACAAAGUCAGGCCAAAAGGCAGGGGGUACAGAGAGUCUCUGGUUCACUGUAAGGAAGGGCUUGCUCUUUGCAGAGCUGCGGGGCCCACCUGCCAGGAGAGAGCUGUCCUGGGAGAGGGCUGGUCUGCAGUGAUGGGAAGGCCAUCUAACAGGCAGGAAGCUUCCUGAGCAUUGAGCCUGGGCACAGCAGCUGAGAUGGAGUGGGUUGUUGUUACAAGCCCCCAGCUUGCAGACAAAUGAGCCCCAGGAGCCCCCACUUCUGAAAAGCAUCUGCAUCCACAGUCCGUCACAGUUUCUUGCCAUUCCUCUUAAAUAGUCUUGUACCCCUUCUGCUCCCUUUCCUUCUGCCUGUCUCUCCCUCUGCCUCUCUAUCCUGCCCGCACCCUGUUUCUCUCCAGCACCACCCUGGAUGAGUGGUGUUACCCCACUUUACGGAUGAGAUUGUUGAGGCUCCAGAGGUGGGAUGACUUGCCCCGCACCACCCACCUGAGAACUGGGAUCUGCCCAGGCCUCUCUGGCUCCAUACUCUGGGCUCUCUCCUGGCCCAGAAGUUUCCCAGUUCCUGGUAAUGCCAGUGCUCUGUGGGGGGGGCAGGGGAUGGAAGGGGCUGCUGGAGUGACAUUUUCAGGGGAAAUGGCCUGCCCUGGAGGGGCCCAGAGGGCCUUCUGUGUUUCUUCGCACUUCCUGGAUAUGAACUGGAAACAAGCACGCAGGGGGCUGCCUCACGUGACUCCUGAUUCACACAGACACAAAAGAACCAACCCAGCCAAACAAAUGCACACAGCCUUCCAAACACUUACCCUCUGGGGAUGGAAGAUUCUCCUUUGACAUU